UUCCAUCUCUUUCUGUUUCCCCAGCGAUGACAAUGCAGUUUAUCAGCCACCGGUUCCCCGACUACCAUGAUCCCACCAUAGAGGAUGCUUAUAAAACACAAGUACGUAUAGAUGAUGAACCUGCUUAUUUGGACAUUCUGGACACUGCUGGACAAGCAGAAUUCACGGCCAUGAGAGACCAAUAUAUGCGAGGUGGAGAGGGCUUCGUUAUUUGCUAUUCCAUCACGGACCGACAGUCCUUUCAAGAAGCUGCAGAAUUCAAGGAGCUCAUUUAUCGUGUCCGGCAUACCUAUGACAUCCCCGUGGUGCUGGUGGGGAACAAAAUUGAUCUCAAGGAGUUUCGGCAGGUCUCCCGAGAGGAAGGUGUCAACUUGGCCAGACAGUAUGCCUGCCCUUUCUUUGAGACCUCUGCUGCCUUGCAUUUCUACAUCGACGAUGUUUUUCACAAGCUGGUGAGAGAAAUCCGAAAGAGGGAGAAGUCUCUGCCUCCGGCAGAUGGGAAGCUGAAGAACAAGGACAGUCUGUGGCAGAAACUGAAAGGAUCUUUGAAGAAGAAGAAGGAAAUCCCUUCUUGAUGGUGAUCCCCAUGCAGUUAGCUGCUGUUUUUUGGGAACUGCACAGAACAAUUCCAGAAGGCAUCAUCUUAUGCAGUCUUAUUUUUUCAGGGUCCCUUUUAUGCAGCACAAGCCUUCUAACUUUGGAUAAGAUUCUGUGCAAAGUUGGAUACAACCCCUCCUAGUGUGUUAGUAAAGAGAAGGUUGUUUUGCAUUUAAUAUGUUUAGUGGAAAGAAAAAUGCACUGUGAAUGUCUCUUAUUUCAUGGACAGCCAUGUUCGGGUAUCUUAUUUAUUUAUUUCUGAAGAUUAAUGGUCAACUAAGUCAUACACAAAGUUAGACCCAUUGAAAUCAAUAGAAUGUAAUUCCUUCAGUCCAUUUAUUAUUAUUAUUAUUAUUAUUAUUAUUAUUAUUAUUAUUAUUAUUAUUCAAGGAGGUCUACUCUGAGCAUGGCUAAGGUUGGACGUCAGCCACAAUUCAUAUCCCACUCUUCAUCAUAAAUCGACCUCCGUGUUGGUCACAACAUACACCUACAUAAAAGCAAACCAAUGAUACAUUCACAAGACAACUACUUUUACUAUAAAAUCCAGUGUAUGGAGCUACUCCAUCUAUCGUUUGUCUUCACUGCAAUGGCCAAUGCUGUUAACUCAAAAGACCUGGCGGAAAUGAAAUGCAUUCGCCUGGCACUAGAAACCAACUAACCUUAGCACCAGCUGAACAAUGGGGGAAAGACUAAUCCAAGCCAAGGUGUCACCAUCAAGCUGGUCCUCUCAUAAAUUCCAGCAGCCCAGGAUUGGCUUGGUGGUGGCAUAUAACCAACAAGGUCUCCUGGCAGAACUCAAAACACUGUGCUGAAGGCAUAUUAUAAGUACUUACAAGGGCUGUUAUGAAGUGUUGACUGUCUGUCAUCAGGAACCCAGUCAGCAUAACCUUAUGUCACCAGCAGUUAUGUUUACUUUAGGGUCCUAUAUUUAUUUUUGAUUGCAUGCCACUUGAGGGCCCCAGCCUUGGCUUCUACCAUAGAUCAGCCAGUUCUUAUUCCAUUCUUUCAUACUCGCCUGCUUCUCUAGGUACUGUGGUUCUUGAUUUAUAGCCACCCAGCUUCCAAAUAAUCCAUAACACUUAACCUUACCUAAUUGGCCAAAGCACACAAAGGUCUUGGUUGGAGCUUCUGCCAUAAGUCAUAACCCAACUGGGGAACACUUCAGACUGCUGAUCCUAAUUAGCCAGGAUGCCUCCACCAAGGGAUGAAAGCAGGGAAGCCUUUAUAGACCUGCCGAGGCAAAGAUGGCAAAAAUUAGCAGUCUUUUCCUCACCAGCAUCCGAUCUCAGACAGACAUGGAUAGUUCUGCUACAGCUCCAAAGAGAUGACUCACUUUGUGGUCAGUCACCCUGGGAUCUGGAUAUUUGGCCACAACAUGCAUAUAUACAAUCAGCUGUAUAUUUUUUUCCAGUGGUGUCCUGUACAAACAUUUAAUAUAUGAGCUAGUUCACUCUUUUCCCUAACCCUGGCAGAUUCGAUUCUUAUCUCACUAUGAAAUCAUUAUCUCAGCGGGUGGUCAUAAAACAGGAUGGGAUAUAUGCCCAAUUAAGGCAUGCCUUUAAAUCUAGCCAGGAUCUUUAUAUUGCCCCCAUUAUCAUUGUGCCAGGGCACUUGGAAGGCUUGUUAAUCUCAUUCUCAGGAGCCUAACCCAAGAAAUGAUGAGGCAUAUAUCACCAGAGCAUCCUUUGCCAACAUGGCAUCUCACAUAGGUUGGGGCCAUCAGCCCCUGCUAGCACAGCCGAGCUGGUCCAGAUUGAUGAGAUUUGUAGUCCAAAAACAUAUUGAGGACACCAGUUUGACAAAGGAUGCACUAGAGCAGCACAAUGCUAGGAACAUGGGUUUUUUUUAAAAAAAAACUUGCUGUAUGUAAGGAUUUCUUUGUGCUUUUAGAGAGAUGUUAUGAUGGUGAUUCUUGCUCUUUCUUUCCUACACAAUACGAACAUAAUAUAGAAAGUAGAGCUGUGCAUGGCUCCCCCAUUCAAUUUGGGGUCCUAUCCAAUGCUUCAGAGUGCCCCAAUCCAGGAUGAGUGUCAAACCUUUUUUAGAGCUAGGAAUGGUCAGGUGCCUGGGAUUUUUCCAGUGCUGUGAAACCCAUUCUGGGGAUCUGGACCAAAAAGCAGUAUAGAAAUAAUUGGAUGAUCCAAACCAAAUCAAUGACUUUGCUUAAUUAGGGUUCAGAGGCCUAAUUAAGCACAUGUUCAGGAGCAGGGAGAAUGAGACUCAUCCAGAGGGCAUGUGCUACCCAACUCCUCUCCCCUUUUCACAGUCCCAGAUCACUCUGCGUGGACCUGAUCUAACCUAGGGCAGACUGAACCCGCUCCACCCAAAUCCUGGGUGAACCCAAAACAGCCCAGUUUGGUUCAGGAUCUGGGAUAGGGCUGGAGCCACUGUAUGACUCCAUUCAGUAGGUAGGUAGGUAGGUAGGUAGGUAGGUAGGUAGAAUUUCGUUUGUUGUGCUUUGUGAAAUAAAAUUAUGGAAGCAUGCACAAGAACAUACCAAAUCAUCAGAUAUUUGAAAACUAAAUAUAGGAAUAAAAGAGAUGUAAAUUAGGGAAGGGACAAGUUUGCAUUCUUGAAAUUGAGACUUGCUGCUGCUCCCCACCCCUGGUUUUCGUUUUCGCUUCGUCAUAGAUGGUUUUGUCACUUGCUAUGUUUAAUAUUUUAUCUAAAAGAAACCAGGAUGAAUGGUGCAUGCCAUAAUAAAUGUGGGAAAAGAA